UCACUUUUCAACAGUCCUAUUGGAGCGCUCGUGCGGCUCCCGGCCCCCAUUACGACGACCAUGUUCGCUAGUAACAAUGACCCCUCUUCUCCCGAUACCAGAAUGAUAGCCUUCCAGACCCUUCUGGACGGCUCCGAGACUGCCUUAGAGAAAAGCGUAGAUAUAGAGCUUCUCAGGAAACUUUGUGCCACAGGCAUUCCAAGUCAUCCGCCGCACCUCCGCCCUUUAGCAUACUCUUUGCUGCUUGAACUUCUGCCCCUCGAUAAACACCAAUGGAAAGGAACAAUGAGGGCCCAAAGGCGUCGCUACUACAACCUGAUGCAGACAUUCAUGAGAGAGUUGGAAGCCCAGCCUAAUUCAUCGAGCUCGGGCACGGAUAAUAUCUUGAAUGGGAUAUCGGGAGACAUCAAAAAUCUGAAAUCUCCUUUCUGGCACCGUCCUGUUUCUUAUCGUCCUUCUUCGCCAUUACGCCCUGUGAACAGCAAAGUCAUACGGAGGAGCGAAGGAUCCAACAAAGAACAGGAAAUAGAAGAAAGUUUUAGCGACUCGGAAGAAGAAUUUGAAGAACCCAUUUUAAAUAGGAGGGCCGUCUUCGAGCGUCUGGAAGUCUUAUCAGCUGCUAGACACGCAACUUCUGUUCAGAAAGGACCCCUCAAUAACAUUACUGUCCAGUCACCUGUGUCCUCAGUCGAGUCCACAGUAUUAUCCCCCCAAAUAACUCUGUCAUUUGACCCCACACCUAUGCCUUCUCCAUCAGGCAUUACCCGGUCACCGAAACUCAUCCAGUCAGCCCCGCAACCUAUGAUCGACGAACAGGCACCAUCAUCGAUCACCCUUCUUUCCCCCAGACCUUUACAAUCCACCAUAGACAGUCCGGCGGCGCCUGUAAAAGGUGCUCUUUUACACCCAGACAGCAAUCGCGAGGCUCUAAUCCGGCUGCUAUACGUAUUCUGCCAAUCAAAUCCUCAGUGGCGGUAUCGUUCGUCGUUUGUUGACAUCGGAGCUGCCCUGUAUUUGAUAUACGCGGGAGGAACAAAGUCCGAUCUGGAUUAUGUCGAAGAGCAAACCUUUUGGGCGCUUUCUGCCCUCGCUGGCGACACCAGUGAGCUGUUAUCAGAUGAAGGCAUGGAUAGCGCUCUGGAUCGGUUUGAGAGGCGCCUCCAUUGGGUGAAUCCAGCUCUAUCAAAAAUCCUACGAGAUAGAAAUGUAGAGCCUGUCCUGUACGCUCAGCGAUGGCUUUCGUCCUUCUUCACACUGGACGUACCCCCGACACGAAUCCCUCUGCUCUUCGAUAUCAUCGUUUCUGCAAGGUUAUCGAGUCCUGAAGAACAACCCAAGGUUGACUUGAUAAUGGACAUAGGAGUUGCUAUGGUUUCACUACUCAAAGACGAAAUUGUUUAUCCAAAUCAUCUAAAGGUAUCUCAUGGGAUGUGGGAUAAUGCUGUAGAGGAGGAUGAGGACUCUAGCGACGCCAUGGUUCGCGUUCUCACAUUAUUACGCUCAUACCCAUUGGAAAGAGCGGGAGAUCUGCCUGCUGUACUGGAGGAAGCCUCAGAUUUACAAGAAACUCGUCUGCUGUCCUUGCAACGGGGGAUUGAUCCUGAUCAGAUACCAUUGCCACCUAGAAAACCCGUUUCGGUGAAGAAUCUACGAGACCAAGCAGCCACAAACUCUAGCUGGGGUAAGGCGGUCGGCUCCUUAUGGAGCUCCAUCUCCGCUACCUCAAUUUCUGCGGUAAAAAGCGCGCCUGCACCAUUAUCGUCAACGCUAGACAGUAGCUCUGGCCGUUCUCCUGUAACGGACCGUCGGCGGAGCGAUAGCGUUACCUCUUCAGUAUCUGCUAUCCAGGAACGUUUCGCUAGCCUUUCCAAACAUUUCUCUCCGACAAGUUCACCUAAACAAUCAGAAGACGAGCCUGUAAAUCUUCCUCGGCCGCUUCUCCUUUCCGGGUCUACACGAUCGGUUAGCCGAAGUUAUCGUGGAGACUCGACCCCUUCUUCUUCGCCACGAGCUUCGCCAUCUAUGGAUAAAAGUUUGAGCCCGUCAAAUGAGUUUAGAUCGCCACCUAACAGGUCCCUGCCUUCAAGGCAAUCGCCUGGUGGACUGUACAAGAUUGGUAAUAAUUAUAGAAACCGGCACCCUUUGAGGACUGCGCCCACGCUGGCGCAAAGAAUACAUGCAGGUGCAGAUCAUCUAUGGCGAUCAGAGAGCGCGAUAGACGAGAAGGAAAUGCGGAAGGUAGAUGAUAAUGCUCACGACGAUGAAAGCUCUGGGUGGCGUUCUGUAUAGCGGAUCAUACUCUUUUGCUUGCAGAUUGUUACGCGCUUUUUGAUAUUUGGUUAUCCUGUCAUUUCAUGCACGAUUUUGUUCGAUG